AUGUGCAAAGUUUUGGUGGGGUCCCUUGGCAAACUGCACAAAAUCCAAACUCUUGCAGUAGUAAUCUCAGAUGACGUGGAAGUUGAUCUUGAAGGCUCAGUGGACUCCCUGUGGAACCUGUGUCAUCUUUUUAUUCGUGGAUACAAUUGGAUGCCAACAUGGAUCAAUCCUGCAUCGUUUCUUGUCCUCUCCUACCUGAAAAUAAGGUUGGGUCAAGUGCGAAGUGAGGACAUCCAAAUCCUCGGCAUGCUGCAGGCUCUUCGUUCUCUUAGAGUGAAAGUGGCUGGUUCAAAGAUUCAUGAUUAG